AUGAGCCGCCGUUUCUACGACAUCGACGCGGCGGGUGAGGUGCUCUGCACUUACACUGAGCAUGGCGCCCGCGAGCAGCUUCAGACGGAGAAAACCAAAGUCCCCUUAGGCAAAGCUAUCCUCUAUGCCUUCCUCCCAGCCGGCUUCCCCCACACCGUGACCGAGGACUACCUCUCCUACCAGCUCUAUGACUCCCUACAAGCCUUUGCUUCCUCCAUCACAUCGCUGCUCGCCAACCGCGCUGUGCUCGAGGGUCUUGGCGUAGGCGACUCAUCUUCUUCCCCAACUGGCGCCCUCAUCCUCAAGAUAACGGGUGACACCAUCUCGCGCAUCGCGACCAUCCUCUUUGCCCACCGCAUGGGCCGCGCCAUCGAGCCCGAGUGCAAAUUCUACCGCUUCCUUGCCGACAUCUUCAAUGACUCGGCGCAGUUCCUGGACCUGCUGACCCCCGCGCUGCCGUACUUCCCGAAACUGAGUGUUAUCGUCUCUGCUGGGGUGCUGCGUUCAUUGUGUGGUGUCGCUGCGAAUGCUAGCAAGGCUAGUUUGUCGGCGCAUUUUGCGCUGACGGGGAAUUUGGCCGAGUUGAAUGCGAAAGAAGCGUCGCAGGAGACAGUCGUUAGUUUAUUAGGGAUGCUGGCCGGGUCGCUGGUUGUUCGCUUGGUUGAGGAUAAACAGGUGGUGUGGUUCCUCAUGAUAUUGCUAGCGGGGGUGCAUCUGACGAUGAACUAUCGCGCUGUGCGCAGCGUCAAAAUGCGUUCGCUCAACCGCCAGCGGGCGACCAUCGUCUUCCGGGAAUGGCUUGAUCAUGGCACGGUGUUGACUCCUGACCAGGUUGCCAAGCGCGAAAGCAUCCUAUGCAAAUCGCGCGGCAAUUUGGCUAGCAAAAGCGGCGACUACCAUGGCUUCUGCGACUUUGGGACAUACGGCGAACUGGUCAGCUGGAACCCGAGAGGGUAUCAUCGGUACGACUUUGAAACGAGCACGUACUUUAUGGCGAUAUGGCAUCGCGGUGGGACGUUUUACAUGAAGAUUGCCUUGAAAGAAGGCGUUAAGACGCCCCUGGCUGCUUGGUUCGAUGCUGUCAAUCAUGCCUACCACUUCGACUCUGCACUCAAGGACGGCUUGCAGAGUCAUUUUGAGAACGAGAUGCCGCUGGGCUAUGUGUCAGACGAGCAGAAGGAGCAGUUGUUUGCUGCUUUGGCGGCGGUUGACUGGGAUUUGGAAACAAAUGCUCUCGAAACGAGGUUACCUGUCCGCGUAAGGUCGUACAUCCCAUAG